AUGUACCGGCGGGAGCGGUCGGUGCCCCUGCGCGGGAGCAGCCUGGCGCUCUACAACAACCUGGCCGUCCUGCCGCUGCCCGCCAAGCGGCUCAGCUACUUCGCCAGCGUGCACGGCGCCUCGGUCGGGCUGGUCAGCGCGGCGGCGGACGGGGCGGGCUGCGCGCACCGCCAGCUGCAGGCCCGCGAGGGCGGCCUCGGGCCCCCCAUCGUCACGCAGGGGAGACCUGCGCCCAACCGGCCCUUCCGCCUCUCCCGGCAGAUGUACGAGCCCGACGGCUCCGCCAUGGUCUACUGGCACGCGCUGGACGGCAUGGAGUCCUCGGCAGGAAUGCUGCUGUUUGCCCGGGGGAUUGCAGGGACUGGACUGCACUUCGUGUGUGUAGGGACAUCCACCGGUUCGGUCCUCGUCUUUGACGUCCCCGCCAAAGGCACCAACAUCACACUGAGCGAAGUCCUCGAGCAGCACAGCAGCCCCAUCACGGACAUCGGCGCGGAGCUCUGUGAGCAGCCGGAGGGAGCUGCGGAUCUGGUGACGGCUGAUGACUCCGGGGCGCUGUGCGUUUGGGGCUCCGGAGAGACCUUCAGGCUGAUCAACAAAAUCCCAGCUUCUGAUUGCACCUGCUCCUCCGUGAAGCUGUGGAACGGGGUCAUCGCAGCUGGCUAUGGGAAUGGGCAGAUUCGCCUGUAUGAAGCGGCGCACGGGACCCUGAGAGCCCAAGUCAAUGCUCACGCCCGCUGGAUCUAUGCCCUGGACCUGGCCCCGCUCUCGGGGAAGCUGCUGUCUGCCGCCGAGGACUCCUUCGUGCGGGUCUGGGGGCUGAGCCACAAGGCGGACACCGACAGCCUGGAGAUCACGCAUUGCCAUACGGAGUGUGUGACCGACACUCAGAUUUGUGGCGCCCGCUUCUGCAAUCCGGAGGGCACUGCCUUUGCCGUCACAGGCUUCGAGCUGAACGAGAUCAUCCUGUACCAUCAGGUGUAGCCCUUCGGGGAGCAGGUAGCUACUACUGGAGGAAGAGGAAGGACUUUGCGUGGCGUGAUGAAACCAACUUGGC